ACACUCCGGAGAAGUAGGGAAACCUUUAACUCAACAUUUCCACCAAGUUAUAUGUUAUACAAUAGAUACAAACUCUAACUCUACUUAGAAGCAAUGUAAAAUGACUUAAGUAUUAAAUAUGUUUAAAACAAGGUUCACUGUUUGAAAUAUACUCAUAUAUUUUGCGUUAUUUAAAAUUCUUGUUUCAAAUUUUAAGUGGAAAUGCAUGUGACGGAUGCACAAUUUAACAGAUUUUAUUCUUCUCCUGUAAUGAAGAGGACCUCCUUGUUUAGUAGGCAUUUCUUUAAUAUUAUACCCAUACAGUAUUACCAUGUCGGGACGUUCACUUUGUAUUUUUAUUAUCGUGAAGACUACUAAAACCAUGCUAACCUCUAAUCAUUUGGGCCAACAACAGUCUUAUGUGUUUGCACUUAUAGCUUUGUAUUUCAAGUAUUUUCCUAAAGUUUGGAAGCAAAAUGUAAACAGUUUGUCUAGAUAAAACUAGCAUUAAAAAGGCAGUGAUGUUAAUGUUCCAAUUAUGUGUAUAACUCCUCUUUAAAUCUCUUUCUAGCAAUGUUUUAUUUCACGUUUUGAUUUGUUUUGAAAUCAUAAUCACUUUGUAAAACUUUUCUUUUGUCCUAAAUUCCUUGAGUGGAUUAAUACAGUGUAUAAGACUCAUCUUAAACACACCAUAUAUUCUCUUCAGAGUCAGGAGUUAGCUGCUGUGUAAAGCAUACUUAUACAAAGGUCAUUAAAUCAAAUUUCUUAGCUGUUUUUAGUGGCUGUAAAGCAGCACUUUUUCCUCUCGACCAGAUUUUUUUCCUUGCACCAAACUUUCUAAAAAAAUUUAGCAAUAAAUAAAUCUUUUUGCAAAGCCAGCUUCUUUUGAAAUGACCUUUUGUAUCUUACCCUGCUUUUGUAAGAAGGUAGAUAAGAAAAACUGAAUUGUAUAGCAUCUUUCACAGAUAGCAGAAUCACAAAGAUUUUAAAGAUUGUCAGUGACUCUGCUGUGUUCCUUUUUAUUGCUUUCGUCAUACAGAUUUUUCUUCCAAUAAUCAGUAGGAAAUGAACAGAUUAAAUAAAUAUCUGAAUGAAAUGACUGUAUGUCGUAUGAGUUUCACGUUUUUAUAGAUUUAGCUUCUCAAUGCACCCCUGGACUAUGAUCCAAUUGGAAUGUGGAAAGUUUUGUAGAGUCUAAAGUCUGGAGCUUUAGUAAACCUGCAGGUCAAGGUGUGCUGCCGUUCUUGCAACCGUUCUUGUGCGCUAACUGUUUACUCUGUCAAACACUCUCACAUGACUUGGCAAACAACCAGCUUAUCCAAACAGAUAUUAAAUCUUCACGAGUCCGAAGCUUUUUUGUAGUUUUGACUUCUUGACUGAGGUGAAAUGAAUCUGGACGAGUACUUCCAAAGGAUAGGCUUCCAAGGCCCUCGUGAUAAACCGGAUCUUGAAACCUUGACAUUGAUCCACCGGCUCCACAUCAUGUCGAUUCCUUUUGAAAACCUCAGCAUUCACUGUGGCGAGUGGAACACCAUUGACCUGGAGGUUAUUUUUAAUAAGCUGGUGAGGAGCAGCCGUGGAGGCUGGUGCCUUGAGAACAACUCCCUGUUUGGAUGGGUGCUGAGAGAAAUAGGCUUCAACGUCACUACGCUGGGUGCUAGAGUUUUUAACAGCACCACCAACGACUUUUCACCUAGGGAGGGUCAUCUUGUCAACAUGGUUCAAAUUGACGGGAAGGCUUAUAUAGCUGAUGUAAACUUUGGGGUGUCUUCCCAGAUAUGGGAACCGCUGGAGAUUGUCUCUGGAAAGGACCAACCGCAGGCAGCAGGGGUGUUUCGCCUUAUCAACAAGGGGGACAACUGGAACCUGGAGAAGACAGGAAGGAAACCAGAGGUUCUGAAUCCAGAAUUUUCAUCUUCCGGCCUGGUGAACAGGAUGCAAACAUAUCAGAUAUACUGCUUCACCCUGGAGCCCAGAGAAGCACACAAUUUCACAGAAACAAACCAAGCUCUUCAAACCGAUCCAACCUCUUUGUUCAUCAAUAAGUCCAUCUGCUCCCUGCAAACGCCUUCAGGAUUCAAAGCUCUGAUUGGCUGGACCUACAGCGAGGUCACCUACAAACCAGAAGAAGGGGUGGAUGUCUUUGAUAUAAGAGACAUUACUGAGGAUGAGCUCGAUCAAGUCCUGAAGGAACAGUUUCAUUUAAGGCUGCAGAAGAAGAUGAAGCCUGCAAACAAAAAAGCAUGCUACACACUUUCGAAAAUAACUAGAAUACUUUUUAAUGACUUGUUUGAUAAUAUACAAGCUGCAUUUAAUCAGAUGUUCAUCCUUUGUUUUUAUUCAAAAUAUCAAUCAUCAAAAUGUCAAUUCAAAGUCUUGUUUUUUUUAUCAAUAAAGAAAAUUAAAUCCAAACAAGUUAAUUAUUUCCUCCUUUGAUGAAUUUGUCCACGU